UCACAUUGCCGGCUGAGUAUUUAAAGGGCUGAUGAGGAACCUCGUGAUUUUACAGAUUACCGGAACGCACGCAGUUACAGUGAGAGCGUUUACAUUUUUUAUCCGAGCUCGGCGCAAAUCUUUACAUAGCAAGCAUCUAACAGCUAUAAAUUGCUGAGAAUAAUAUUUUUAUAAUUUCUUUGCUAGUCUGGCCAUUUCUGUAGCCGGUACAGCAGCUUUUGUCUCUGAUAUUCUACCAUCUACAAAGGAAUGCCAAGGGAACUAACCCAAAACAGGAUCCAAAAAAUCUGGAUUCCCUUUAAGGAUGACAAACCUUCAACGCCCCGCAAAUCAGUUGGAGGCCCCCACCUCGCCAACCCCCCAACGGUCAUAGUGAUGGUCGGGCUCCCUGCUCGGGGAAAAACCUACAUAUCGAGGAAACUCACGCGCUACCUUAACUGGACUGGAAUUCCUACUAAAGUCUUCAAUGUUGGUGAGUAUCGUCGAGAGGCAGUGAAGCACUACAGCUCCUAUGAUUUCUUCAAGUCAGACAAUGAAGAUGCCUUCAAAAUAAGACAGCAGUGUGCUUUGGCCGCUCUCAGAGAUGUCAAGAUUUACCUUACUGAGGAGGAAGGUCAAGUGGCUGUCUUUGAUGCAACAAACACAACCAGAGAGCGACGGGAUAUGAUCUUGGAUUUCGGAGCUGAAAAUGGCUUUAAAGUCUUCUUCAUCGAGUCAGUUUGUGAUGACCCAAAUGUAAUCGCCUGUAAUAUUUUGGAGGUAAAGAUAUCAUGCCCUGACUACCAAGACUGCAACAAGACAGAUGCCAUGGAGGACUUUAAGAAAAGGAUCGAGUGUUACAAAGUAAACUACCAGCCCCUUGACCCAGACCAAUAUGACAGGAAUUUGUCUUUUAUCAAAGUGAUUGAUGUCGGUCGCCGGUUCCUGGUCAACCGGAUUCAGGACCACAUCCAAAGUCGGAUCGUCUACUACCUGAUGAACAUCCACGUGCAAUCCCGUUCUAUCUAUCUGUGUCGGCAUGGCGAGAGCCAGCACAACCUGCAAGGCCGUCUUGGUGGAGACUCAGGCCUGUCUACCCAUGGUCGAAAGUUUGCAGGUGCUCUUGCUAACUUCGUAAAGGAGCAGAACUUGAAAGGCUUGAAGGUUUGGACCAGCCAGCUGCGGCGCAGCAUUCAGACAGCCGAAGCCCUCAACGUGCCGUACGAGCAGUGGAAAGCCCUCAAUGAAAUCGAUGCUGGUGUAUGUGAGGAGAUGACUUAUGAAGAAGUGAGGGAAAGGUUUCCCGAAGAGUUCUCUCUGAGAGAUCAGGACAAAUAUUACUACCGCUACCCCUCUGGAGAGUCAUAUCAGGAUCUGGUUCAGCGAGUGGAACCUGUCAUCAUGGAACUGGAACGGCAUGAGAAUGUUCUCGUCAUCUGCCAUCAGGCUGUCAUGCGCUGUCUCCUCGCAUACUUCCUGGACAAAAGUGCAGAUGAGAUGCCGUACCUGAAAUGUCCACUACAUACAGUAUUGAAGCUGAACCCAAUGGCUUAUGGGUGCAAAGUUGAAUCUAUUUCUGUGGAUGUAGAGGCAGUGAACACACAUAGAGACAGACCAGAGGAGGUGAAAAGAGGCCCGAGCACUUUAAUCCGGAGAAACAGCGUGACCCCUCUCACCAGCCCUGAGCCCAAUAAAAAGCCUCGUAUUGAAGGUCUGGAUGAAUCAAUCAGAGAGAUGUCUCCCGUCCCCUUAACCCUUUGUUCAACCUCACACACCACUCUCACCCUGUCGACACAGAAAUGCCCCGAAACUCCUCAGCUCUGUCUGUGAUAUUGUACAGCUAUAUCGCUUGACUCAACACGGAAGCAUUUCCUGCCAAGCUGCUUCCUAUUUUAUUUCCAUCUCCAAAAAUGACAGCCGAUUGCUACUUGGCUUUUGUAUUCUCCCUUCAUGAAUUUGUCAUGAAUGAAUGUCGUUUGUAAUGGUAUGUAAUUGCAUAAUAGUUGUGUUUGUGUGUACGGUAAGAAGGAAUAUCCCGGUGGCAGGGACUAUAUGUUCAAUAACUUUGUCAACUGCCCCCACAUCUUUGGGACUUUUUGGGACACUUUUCCCUGUUUACGUAACAGGAAACCACUUUAUAUUGAACACUUUAUAUUGUUUUAUUUUGGUUUCUGACAUUUUGUUACACUGACGCCCCUAAACUCUUAAGGAGGAUGUUAAAGCAGACCAAAGAUCGCCUUGCAGAGACUUGCAGGAUGAUUCGUGUCUAUUUUGCACUCACAUUGCAACUCAUGCUGCAAAUAAAUAGCAGAUUUUAAUUGCACAUUUAGACAUAUAUUUGUAUUAAUUGAGAGCAAUAAUGAAUCUUACCUUUUUUAAUGCUGCUGACAGUUUUACAGGCUGUUUAAACGUUCUCAUGUUGUCUGUUGCUGUUUCAAAUGAUUUGUGAUAUGGAUUGUGAAAAUUGUGAGAGUGUUAUUUGUGUAAUUUUGCGGUUUUAAGGCCUGAUGACGAAGUCAAUGUAUGAGGUUGUUGAAACAGGGUGUUUUAUGGUUUGGAUGUGACUAAGUGAAACGGUGUUUAUAAUUCUUGUUUAUAUUAAAUGUCUAAUGGCGUGACAUGAUAUCACAUUUUUAUACUGUUCGGUUAAUUCCCUAGAGUGCCUAGCGCUUGAGCUUUCAGGUCACUGCUGCUUUUUAUAUUCUAUUAUGAGAAAAAAACUUUUACAAAAAUGUUUGAUUUUUAUUACAUUUUAGUAUCAUUUAAAUGUUUUUGUUAGCGUGUGUUGUUGGAGCGUGAUCAAGAGAUUAAAGUAGUGUUUGAUAUUGUACAAACAGAUGCAUUUACCCCUGUAAGCCAAAUGUUUACAGUUUUAAUUCUUAAAAAGAGUUUUAAUGCUUAAAAAUGACACUUUAACCCUGCAAAUACCAGCUUUAACUGUCUACGUGUCUGGUUUUGUACUGAAAUGUAACACAUGUUGUUAUGGAUCAUCACAAAACAUUUUAGUUCAUUACAUACAGUGUUGUAUAUUGGCUCUUGUAAUUCAUUUGUUUGCUUCUGAUACUUAAACCUUUUUGUUCAAAUAAUGCAAAGUAAUAUUUAUUUAUUUGUAGUCCAUUGUGUAUUCCAUUGUGUUUCUAUAUUGUUCAUUAUAGAGAUUGUAGAGCAUAACAAGCCUAAAUAUCUCUUUCUGAAGAAGGUGAUUUAUUUAGCAUAUACUGGAUUAAUAAACAGUCUAC